CUGUGAUUGGUUACGGGCGCCACAGCCGAAGUCUCGAAGUGGAUGGCUAUGUUACUUAGCUAGCUUUUUAGGGUCUAAUUGCGAGUGUUUGAGUGUUUUAUAUUAGCUGUUGCUUCCACAGCCUACCAAACACAGUUUAGUCAACGCGCAGUCUGGAGUUUGAAGAGUUUCUGCGGCUGCUGUGGGAACAGUUCUCAGCUUGGGGCUAAAAGCUAGCUAACCUGCUAGCCUCGUAGGGCUGCUAAUAUAGAACUGCUGCUAAAGGCUAAAACCAUUAGCACUGGGGUUCCUCUAUCUGGAUUUGAUGCUGGUUGGACUGGACUGAAGAAUGGCCUCGAAACAAAAAGGGUCUUUCAGGACUUCUAGACAUUAAAAAAAAGGGACAGGGACCCAGGAGAGGCUGAAUCCAUCACUGCGAGAUGUGACAGGAUGCUGAACCAUCACUGCAGAAGGAACCCGGAGCUACAGGAGGAGCUACAGAUCCAGGCAGCGGUGGCAGCCGGCGAUGUCUACACCGUGCGCAAGAUGCUGGAGCAGGGCUACUCGCCCAAGAUCAGAGACGCCAACGGCUGGACCCUGCUCCACUUCUCUGCCGCCAAGGGCAAGGAGCGCUGCGUCCGCGUCUUUCUCGAGCAUGGAGCCGACCCCACGGUGAAGGAUUUCAUUGGCGGUUUCACGGCCCUGCACUAUGCCGCCAUGCACGGCCGCGCCCGCAUCGCACGCCUCAUGCUGGAGUCUGAGCACCGUGGUGACAUCAUCAACGCCAAGAGCAACGAUGGCUGGACGCCGCUGCAUGUAGCAGCUCACUACGGCCGUGACUCAUUUGUGCGCCUGCUCCUGGAGUUCAAGGCCGAGGUGGACCCACUGAGCGAUAAGGGCACAACGCCACUGCAGCUGGCCAUCAUCCGCGAGCGCUCUAGCUGCGUGCGCAUCCUGCUGGACCACAACGCCAACAUCGACAUCCAGAACGGCUUCCUGCUGCGCUACGCCGUCAUCAAGGGCAACCACUCAUACUGUCGCAUGUUCCUGCAGCGAGGUGCCGACACCAACCUGGGCCGGCUGGAGGAUGGUCAGACGCCGCUGCACCUCUCGGCUCUCCGGGACGAUGUGCUGUGCGCUCAGAUGCUCUACACAUAUGGCGCCGACACCAACACGCGCAACUAUGAGGGCCAGACACCUGUGGCCGUCUCCGUCAGCAUGUCCGGUAUCAGCCGGCCCUGUUUGGACUUCCUGCAGGAGGUCACACGGCAACCCAGGACUUUGCAGGAUUUGUGCCGGAUAAAGAUUCGUCAGUGCAUAGGACUUCAAAGCUUAAAGUUUCUGGAGGAUCUGCCGAUUGCCAGAGUCAUGAAGGACUACUUAAAACACAAGUUUGACAAUGUCUGACAGAGGCCUUAAAACCUCUGGGCAGAAGCGCAGGAACUGUUUUUCUCUAGAAAAGACUAUGCAAACUCUCGUUCUCCUUUCUGUUCUCAAACUCUGGCUGCAGAUUGUUUUAUACAACCAUGUAGGCAUGUAUUUCUAUAAAUAAUAAUUGCUUUUGACUUUGGGAGAAUUGGAGGUUGUUCAUUAAUUCAAGUCCUUGUUAUGGAUAUUGACCUCUUAAUUAUUGAUCUUCGAAAGGUAAAAAAAAAAGAAAAAUUGCUGAAAUCUUUCAUUUGGAUUAAUUGUGCUUUUCCGAUCCUUUUGAAGUGUUCCAUUAUUAAAAACUGGUGACUGGUUGUUUCUCUUUUAUAAAAGGAAAGAUUGAGAUCUUUUUUUUCUGUCUCUGCAGUUGAGGUUCAGAAGGUUGUAAACACCAUGAGACAAUAGUUGCGUUAAGUAGUGGACAUUUUCCCCAAGAAAACGAGCAGUGAGGCAUUGAUUUAUUGUUGUUGAUCAUUUAAUAGUAUUUUGGAAGAGCGCUCAGCAGCAGUUUAAGUGAUACCAAGUUUAAGCAGAACUAAUACAAAUUAGUAACAUUUUGACAGCCUGAAUAUAUACAGUACUGUUUAAAUGUCUUAGAAAAUAGAUGGAAAGUGUUUUAUCUGGGCAGUAAGCAUUUAUUUGUUUAAAAAAAAACUAACAUUAGAAUCAAUACAAAUAAAUUGUUUAUAAACAGUACAUUGAUUUUAUAUGUUUUAUCCCAAAGAUCUUCUUGAGGAAGUCCAGUAUUUACAGUUCAGAUAUCUAGUUUAUCUAUUCAAUCCUUCAUUAUGUUAAAUCAGCAGCAAAAAUAACUUUUUAAAAACAAAACAAUCUUACGUUUUAUUCUAUUUAUGUUUAUUUGUGUAUUUUCUAAUGUUAUAUUGGGCCAGUUUCCUGGACCCACACUUGGCUUAAUCUGAGACUAAUAAGACUUAAUGGUAAAUCACCACUGACAUUGUAAUUUAAUGUUAAUAAAUGUUAAUGCUAUGCUUUUUGGGUCCUACAAGGGAAGUUUAUCAUUUUGGCAUGUAACUAUGUCCCGUCUGGGGCCUGGGGCAGUGGGGGGAGGGCAGUUUAAGUGCCUUGUCCAAGGCCAUAACCAGGAAUAGCCAGUCAGUGCUGGGAUUUGAACCCACAGCCUUCUGGUUCCUGGCUCAUUCUGUUAAUCCUAAACAAGGCUUUUAUAGGCAGAAACACACUUACUGCCCAGAUAUAUAGUUUUAAACACUUGUCUUUGCUGACGUUUGCACUCUACUGUAUAUUUUUUUCCAUAAAUCUCAUUGCAUUUUGCUGUUAAAUCAAGAGUUCUCAUAAUUUGCCAUGUUUUGCUUUUCCAGAUCUGUAUGGCGAGUAGUGAGUGGUGCUAGUGUUUGCGAAGGGUUUGCCAGGAGAAGUCCCUUUUUCAAGUCCUCACCUUUUUGAUUUUUCUUCAUAAGUAAGCAUGUAUAAACAUACAUAAACCAACAAGGACUACACUAUGUAUAUAAUUGUGUCAUAUGUACAGCAAAUAUUUUUCUAGAAUUAUUUAAGCUAUGAACUCUUGUAUCAAAGUGUUUAGGAUUUUGUCGAAUGGUCUUGUUGCU